UGUGAACUGUAUAACCUAAUAAUAUCUAAAAAAUGUUCAACCAGUAGCAGCCCUGAUUAAAACUAUUCAGCCCAUUGCUGUCAUUCAAUUUGAAGUCUGGACAAAAACAAUUAAAUGCUUCAUAGAUGACUCGGUUUAGGUCCCAUUGCCCCCAACUCCAAUCCAGCCAUCUUGAAAUCUACUAGUAUAUUAUACUAAAUCAACCUCACCCAUCUAUAUAUAACAAUCUCUCAAGGAUCACAGAGGUAAGGUAGAUGGUACAUACCAGCUCUUAAGCUUUGACGAGUCGUCUCAGCCUUCAUCUGGAGGUCGUGAGGGUUAGCACCUAUCUUCUUCUUUAGCUUUCUAUUUCCUUUGCCACAGCAUGUGUGGUUUCCACCUUCAGAAGCACAAGAAUCUUCACAAACUAUGUCCAUCUAUGAUUCACUGUUUCCUUUUUUGCAGAAGUGAUUACUAAUAUAGUUAAUAUUAUCUUGUUGAAGUAAAGUUUAUACUUGAUAGUAAGAUAUUAUUUAAUUUUAUAAAUAUUGGCAAACACUGCAUAAUCACUAGUAGCAGAAACUGGAAACAAGAAUACACAAUUUGAGAAUUAUUGAAUGCUUUCAUUUUCUUGUAAUAAGCAUCAUGGCUAAGCCUUUAAGUUUUGACUUUCUGCCUUAUCUUACAGGUUUACAAUUUCAACAAACUUUAAUAAUUUCUUGUGAGAUACAAGUUAUAUCAUUUUUUUUAACCCUCUAAUUGCAUAUCUCCAGAUUGUUUUCUAAGGUCAUUGGGGACAAAACUACAACUACCUGUAUUAGGAUGCUAUGUGACUAUUAAUGCUAGCUAAUAUCAUAGUUAGCAAUGUAUACUAAAAAUGGAAUGAGAAAUAGAACUCUCAAACGUUGACCUGAGAGGUAAUGUCAAAGAACAUUAUAUAUUCUCCAUGCAAUUUAGAGACAAUUGGAGCUGGAGGUCCUGAAGCUGCACAUCUAAGAUUAUCAGAAGCUUUGCCAACAAGUGCCCCAAAUACCAGCCCUAGGCCUCCAGUAUUUUUUGUUACAACUGGGCACACACAGUUGUUGAAUUACUCCUUCCGAACUGGCGAAGAGUUUGCUCUUGGAUUCAUGCAAGACAGGGCAAAUAUAAGGAAGCCUUUGGCUCCAAUCAUCUCUGAUGACAGGACCAUCAACACCAGCUUCACUCCUUGGGGGGAUGAAGCUAAUAUUUCUGGAGAUAAACCAUCAAAGAAGCUGCUAGAGUUUCCUCCAUUCAGCGAAACAAAAAGUCAAGGAUCAAAUAAGAGGAACCCACAAGAGAUAUAUAACUCUGGAUCAACUAGAAUGAAGUUCCUUUGCAACUUUGGUGGCAGAUUCCUACCAAGGCCAAUAGAUGGCAAGCUUCGAUAUGUUGGUGGUGAGAAGCAUCUGAUUCAGAUUAGCCGGGGAAUGUCAUGGCAAGGACUGAUCAGCAAGACAACCAAACUCAUCAGGCAAGCUCACAUAGUCAAGUACCACUUGCCAGGGGAACAAGUGAAUGUGCUUAUUUCUGUUGCCUCCGAUGAUGAUGUUCACCAUAUGAUUGAUGAGUGCAUUGUACUAGAAGAAAGCAAAGAAAGGCCAGCUAUGUACCUAUUUACAGAUGAAGAUGAUGAGCACCAUGUACAUUUUGUGGUAGGGAGCUCAUCAGAUAAAGAUACUGAAGCACAAUACAUUGCUCUAAUAAAUGGAUAUGGAUACACUGGACCAGGUGAGAAAUUAAGUGCACAAGGUCCUGGGAGUACAUCAGCCAGUGAUCUGGAUCAGCUGAUGUUUGAUAUUGAUGACGAAGGAUCAGUGAUAGGCAGGACUGAAGAAGCUUCAUCAUGCAUUAGGAGCAAGCGUUCACAAAAUACUGUUACAGUUCCACCAAAGGCAUCCAGGAUCCCCCUGCAUAAAAUUCCUCCCAUAGUCAUGGAACAAAUGACCAAUCAAGACUGUGUCAUACGGAGUGAUGAAGGCAAGGCGAGCUCCUAUCCUGCCAGUAAGUCAAGAAAUAUUAACCCUGCUUCAUCUAUGCCAUUGGAAUUCGCAUAUCCAUCUCAGUGGGAGCGAAAUGGUAGUAAUGUCACACCAAGGAGAAUUCCUGAACUGCGAAGGACAGCAACCAACAUUGAAAUGAUAGGUCAACAUGCUGAAACAGAUAAGGGAAGCACAUCAUUAAGAACAGAGCUGAUCAUACCAUCAGCCGAGAACAGUUUGAGGAUUCCAUCACUGAGUUCAAACUACAGCAGCCCAAAACAACAUACCAGUCCAGUCAACAUGUUGCUGAGAGAACAGACUGAGACAACCAUCCAAUUUAUCCAGCCCAAUAAUUCAACUGAUUUUGAGAAGUUGGUGACAGAAGAGCCUGUUGGAAGAGCUGUAUAUGAAAUGCUUGCAUCUCCGUCAGGAGAUUAUCAAAAACCAGUGCACAAAUGCCUGAGAUCUGAUGAAAGCAUAGAUACAAGAAGGCAUAGCUCCCAAGGAGACACCAUUCGUUAUUCCGAUACAGAUAAGUUGCAUAACCGGACAGAGUGGCCUGCUCCUACCCAGUCAUCUGAGUCAAAUGAAGCAGGAGCUCACAUUUUGUGGGACAACACACACAUCAGUGUGAACCCAUACACCCAUGAGCAAGUAUUUUCAGUGAAUACAACAGGGAAUAUAGAUACACUUCCUGAUGUUAUGUGCAGUGGUGCUGUCAAGAAAGAAAAUCCUUCUAGGCUAGUUAUCUAUGACAGUAAAAUAGUAUCUUCCCCAAGUCCGUUUACAUCUUCAGAUAGCAAGUUAUCUGAGCCGCAGAAAAAUGGUCCUGUACAAUCUUCAAGGGACAAACAACAAGCUUCUCCCAGUAGCGUUCAACAGGAUGCACAAAUUUUUAGGUCUACUUCACUUGGAGGCGAUGCCAAGAACAAUAUGCAAGUUGGACCUUCAUCGGAUGAAGUUAUAGAAAGUUUUGCAUCAUCAAUCUCAGAACUUGAGAUACGUGAAACCAAUGAAGAUGAACAAUCCCUUCCUGCAAAUGCAACAUUGGGUAUGGAUAUUAUAAGCAAUGUCCAGAUAAUAAGGAAUGAGGACCUCGAAGAUCUGCAGGAGAUGGGCUCUGGUGCAUUUGGAACUGUCUUUCAUGGAAAAUGGAGGGGAACUGAUGUUGCCAUCAAACGGAUAAAGAAUAGCUGCUUCAUGUAUCCAUCAUCAGAGACAGAUAAACUGAUUGAGGAGUUUUGGAGAGAAGCAGCCAUCCUCUCAAAACUUCACCACCCUAAUGUGCUGGCAUUCUACGGGAUUGUGAAUAAUGGGCCUGGGGGGACAUUAGCAACUGUGACAGAAUUCAUGGCCAGUGGAUCCCUCAAGAAAGUCCUUCUGCGCAAAGAAAAAUUUCUGGACAGGCGCAGGCGGAUAACUCUUGCUGUAGAUGUGGCUAUUGGAAUGGAAUACUUGCACUCCAAGGAUAUAAUUCAUUUCGAUCUGAAGUGUGAUAACUUGCUGGUGAAUCUGAAUGAUCCUUCUCGUCCCAUAUGCAAGGUAGCUGAUUUUGGUUUGUCCAAGGUGAAACAAACUACAAUGGUCUCUGGUGGAAUGAGAGGAACUCUUCCAUGGAUGGCUCCUGAAAUGCUUGAAAUGAGCAGCAAUAUGGUAUCAACCAAGGUUGAUGUGUAUUCUUUUGGAAUCAUAAUGUGGGAAAUACUCACGGGCAAGGAGCCAUAUGCUGGCAUGCACCAUGGAGGAGUUAUAGGAGGAAUUUUGAGCAACACAUUGAGGCCAACAGUACCAGCAUCAUGUGAUCCGCAGUGGAGGGAACUGAUGGAGCUGUGCUGGUCAAAUGAGCCUGACAAAAGACCAACCUUCACAGAAGUGGUUAGCCGCCUCCGUUUAAUGCUAGAAGCCAACCAGAACAGGCCACUGGUCUAACUUUCAUAAGAACCACCAUCUGUCUAUGCUGCAAACCGUACAUGUGUGUAUAUUCAUGUUGUUCAGUACUUCAGUUUCAGCAAACCUUCUACAUUAAGUGUUCUUCAAUCUGUAUGUGUGUGCGUGUUGGUAUUUGGAUUGGGCCAUUUGCACAAGCAUCAUGCAUCUAAGGUCUAUGUUGCAAUGCUGUUAGGGAACUAACAGUGAUGUUUAAAUACAAAUUUCACCUACUUAUAUUUUUUUAGUACUUGUAUGUGUAAUUUAGCUGUAUAUUUAGUACUUUUAACUGUAUAUUUAAAUGGAACUUCUAGCGAGACUUUUAACUGUAUAUUACAGUUUCAGGUGCUCUUCAAGAAAUAAAUCCCAGU